CACAGCAUUACUUGGUGUGUAUCAUUAGAGGAAGAGCGGCGAGUGACUCUGCCACAGACUUGUUUCAUACCAAGUGAAUUAAGAGACUAAAGAAGUGUUAAGCAUGUCCUUGGAGGUAAUGAGCAGCCCAGACUACAUGCGAGACCCCAGGAAGCACCAUUUCUACCCUUACGCUGACAAUGGCGGCACAUCUGUGGCCAUCGCCGGUGACGACUUUGUGAUGAUAGCCAGCGACACCCGAUUGUCUCGGGGCUUCAACAUAUUUUCGCGUGACCAGGGGAAAGUGUUCGGGUUGACCCCCACGACCAUGAUGGCCUCGUCAGGUUGCUGGGCCGAUGUGCUCACCCUCAAUAAGGUGUUACAGGCCAGACUUACGAUGUACUCUCAUGAACACCAUGACCAAAUGUCAACCACAGCCGUUGCCCAGCUGUUGUCAACGAUGCUUUAUUGGAGGAGAUUUUUCCCAUAUUAUGUCUCCAAUAUACUGGCAGGCAUUGAUGAAGAGGGUAAGGGUGUGGUGUACCAUUACGACCCUGUUGGACACAUGGAAAAACUGACGUUCAGUGCCACUGGUGCAUCAGUGUCACAGAUUCAACCCCUGUUAGACAACCAGAUUGGAGGACUAAACAUGCUGGAUGUUCAACCUCCCAAAAUGACUAAGGAACUUGCUCGGCAACUAAUUCACGAUGCCUUUGUUUCUGCGGCUGAGCGUGACAUUAACACCGGCGAUGGUAUCCUUAUUCACACCAUCACCAAGGAUGGCAAGACAGAGGAAACUGUGAAACUGCGGAGGGAUUAAUGCACUGCUAGUGUUUGUUUUAUGAUCAUCAUAUUGCACCAGGAAUACUAAUUAUAAUGCCAAGAAGUGUUUGUCUCCUACAUAUUUAAACAAAGGAUUCAUGCUUACAAUAUUUGGAGAUUCAAAGCUUUGUCAAUGAUUUUUUCAAUAAAAAGUAUUUCAUUA